CCAACAAUUGUAGGCGAUAGCCUCCCAGAUUCACAUGUGAAGAAACCCUCCCAUCUUCCCCUGACGCACUUACCGGAAAUCAAGGAUGACUCUCACCGCCUUACUUCUCUUGUUCCUUUUUUUCCUCCUCACACCGCCUCCGCCGGCCUCCUCGACUGCCACCGGCGAUGAGGCUUUGACGGCCUACGACAUGCUCGGACACUAUCACUUUCCCAAGGGUCUUCUCCCCAAAGGAGUUAUUGGCUACGAAUUAGAUCAAUCCACCGGGAGAUUUCGUGCCUUUCUUGACGGUUCCUGCAGUUUCUCUCUCGAGGGUUCCUAUCAACUAGAAUACAAAUCCACCAUCAGUGGUUACAUAUCCAGGGACAGGCUCACCAAUCUCGAGGGCGUGAAGGUGAAGGUGCUCCUGUUCUGGUUCAAUAUCGUGGAGGUGGUUCGCUAUGGUGAUGACAUCGAAUUCUCCGUGGGCAUCGCUUCCGCUUCCUUCCCUUUAGAGAACUUUCUCGUUUGCCCUAGGUGUGGUUGUGGACUGAACUGCGAUGACUCCUUAUCCCCAAAUCGACCCCGCCACCACCUUUGUCUCUCCCCUUCCUCCCCUUACACAGAAGUGGUAGGUGCCAUCGCUCUCGAUCCAUGUCCUAUCCCAUCUAUCUGCACCACCAACUCAUCUGAGGGGUUCCUCUACGCCGUUGCCACCUGCCAUGAGAGGUCUUGUUGAAUGUCUAUUGCCGUACUGUCAUGCUGUUGUUGCUAAUGAAGUAGCUGGCUGCAAUGGCGGUGGCGUCUUCUUGGUGGAAGCAACGGACAAUGUUGGUGAAGAGAUAGGGGUGGAGGUCGCAAAGCCAGAUGAGGGGCCUCUCGAGGGAGGAGUGCGGAGUGCCAGUCCAUGGAGGGGAGGAUGGUGAUGUCAUCUUCAUUGAAGCUUGGAGGUUGAGGUUGAGGGAGCUAUAGAAUGAUUUGAAGCAGUGAUGGAGUCAAGAUUUUUGGUUAGGAUUUUCACUAUAAGGGAAACUCUUUCAUCUCUUUUAAACUCAUUAUUUCUCUUUCUUUCUUUUUUUUUUUUUUUUGCCUUUGUUUCUUAAUUCAACCUUUGAUUCAAGGCUUGUAAGUGCAACAAGCCAGUGAUAGACAUUAAAU